AGUCAUGUAGGGUAAUACAUUUCAAAGUCGUCAAAUCAACCCUACUUACCAUGUUUGGUUAUAAAUAUAGCUCCAAUAUCAUAGAAAAAUAGUUGAAGUGUAUUUUAAAAGAUUGUUUCUAUGUGGCCGUUGCUUAUAAGGAGGUAGAUGCAAUCGAUUUUGUAGAUAUUUCUGCCAAAAUAUUUUUGUAAUUUCUCUCCUCCUCUUUUGAAGAGCUCAAUAUCUAACGAGUGACAUCCUGAAAAGGUAUGCAAUCCAAUUCAUUUCAAACAUGGUCUACAGUGUCCAUCUUGACAUUACUUGAAACGUUUAAGUAUAUACUAGAUGCUGGUCUGGCAUGAUUAAUACAUAAAUCAAUAGAACCUACAACAAUGGUUCUGAAAACAUUCCUGAGGAAGUUAACCAGAAAGAAGCACAUUCCCAAGACACCAUCGACCACAUUGAAGAAAUGUCUGACCACAUGGGACAUGACCUUAAUGAGUGUUGGGAUGAUGGUAGGAGCAGGGAUCUAUAUACUUGUAGGUGUGGCAGCCAAAGAGCAAGCAGGUCCUGGAAUCAUUAUCUCAUUCAUUAUAGCUGGUGUGGUGUCUCUAUUGAAUGCAGUAUGUUUAGCUGAGAUUGCAGCCAGAGUACAUAGGGCAGGCUCAGCUUAUGUUUACACCUAUGUCACCCUUGGCGAGUUUCCUGCUUUUCUGUUAGGCUGGGGGCAGGUGGUUGGUAGUGUGUGUGGCGGAGCUCUGACCAGCAAAACUUGGAGUGGAUACCUGGAUGCGUUGCUAGGCAACAGAAUCCGGACAUUCACAGAGGAGAGAAUUGGAAACUGGACUUCUGUUGGAGAACCUGUUGCUGAAAUGCCAGAUCUGAUUGCUCCUUGUGUCGUUAUCAUUCUCUGCAUAGUUGUCUCGUUAGGUGCUAAACUUGGAGCGACUGUUAAUGCAAUACUAGCAGGUUUAAAUUGCACAAUCCUUAUGUUUGUAUUUAUUGUUGGUGUUAUCUAUGGAGACAUUAAGAAUUGGACUCUUGAGGAUAAAGGUGGUUUUCUGCCAUUUGGAUUUGCUGGUGUGGUUACAGCAUCCGCCGCGUGUGUCUAUGCCUUUGCAGGGUACGAUGUUGUUGCUUUAGCUGUUGAAGAGGCGAAGGAACCUCACAAAGCAGUCCCAAGGGCUUUAUGUAUAUCCCUCUUUGCGGUUGCCUUAUUAUAUAUAGCAACGUCAUGCGGGAUGACACUUAUUGUCCCAUUUGACGAGAUAGACAAAUCAGCUCCCUUACCUUCAGUAUUUGCAACCCAUGGGAUCCACUGGGCUAAAGUUAUUGUAUCUGUUGGACCAUUGUUUGGACUGACCACCAAUAUGCUUGGUAAUUUUUUCGGACUUGGUCGACUUCUAUAUACCAUGGCAGAGGAUGGCCUAGUGUUCCCAUAUCUACACUGGGUAAAUGAGCGCACUGGUGUCCCUGUUGCAGCCAUUAUGACAAGUGGCGGUAUGAUGGCAGUUAUUAGUACAUUCUUUGAUCUCGAGAAUAUCAUAGGAUUUAGCAUAAUAUUAGGAUUAUUAAAUGGCCUGUUGAUCACUAUUGGCAUGAUAUUCCUUCGUUUUAGUCCACCAUCAACUCACAAUGUGACUGCGUCUAUCAAGAACACUUACACCAAUGGUCCAAUAAACUAUGAGAGUGAUAGAGAAUAUCUGUUGGAGGAACAUGAAUCUAAGGGUUCUAAGGAAUCGGCUGAAAUAGAGACAAAUGAGAAUGGGGAAUUUCAGUUGACUGACUCUGAAGUUCAAGAUGCGGCAGGCACGCUAAAACAUUCCAUGUCAUUCAUAGGACGUUAUUUUAAAUGUAAGCCAGGUCAGUUGGUAUUUUACACAGUGAUGUUCCUUCUUGUAUAUCUACCAAUACCAUGUGCAGUUUUGCUUUAUGGGAAGGAUGUCGUGUUGAAGGAUGCUGGGAUUGCUAGUGUGUCUUGUAUAGCGAUGUCACUGCCAGUCAUCCUUGCCAUGAUCAUAAUCUAUGGUCACCACCAGAACCCAGAACCUCUUCAGUUUUUUGUACCCUUUGUUCCUCUUGUACCAGUCCUCUCCAUGUUUUGCAACAUUGGUCUAAUUGUGUCCACGGGGUCCAUGGCUAACUUCAUAGGAUGCUCUUUGGUCAUGGGGAUAGGUGUGAUCAUGUACUUGGCCUAUGGAAUAAGAAAGAGCAAAGAGAACAACACAGACAGGGCAUAUGCCCACCUGGAACUGGAACUUGAUGAACUGGAUUGAGAAAAAAAAUUAAGUUAAAAUAUUAAAUGAGAAAUCUUGUUAAUGCAUGUUUAUACUAAGGACACUGGACGGAUAUUUAAGUGAGAAUAUUAAAUGAGAAUAUUAAAUGAGAAAACUGGCACAGUACUUUAAACCAACUUAUAACAUACCUAUGAUGAUGUAUAGUGCAAAGUGUACACAAGACAGCGGGCCAAUAUAAGUUUUGAAAAGCCCGCGCCCGC